AUGCCUGGAAAACCAAAGGGGAAUAAGAGCAUCCUGUCGUAUUUCCAGCCAUCCUCGCCGCCUGUGCCAUCGUCCCAGACAUCAACGCUAUCGUUCAGAGAUACGUCUCCACCGGCGCCGUCAUCGCCGCUCAGCUACAAGGCUACGCCCGUUGCGAAGAAGGCCGCUCCCCUGGAAAUCGGUGCUUCUGAUGAGGAAGCCGGCGAUGAAGAAUGCUCGGAUGACUCUCUGGAAGAUCUAUCAGCUCUACUAGGGCGAGAACGGCCCGGUCACACGCCCCCAGCAAACCAUACUUUGUUCUCUACCCCAAAGGCCAAGAGGACGGCAAUAGGGCCUUAUUUGUCCCCGUAUAAGCCCAAACACAAGUUUGAUCUCAAAGCCCUAGCCAAGGAUGCACGCCGGGAUAAUGCCAUCAAUGCAAGCUCGGUGAGAGCGAAAGCAUCUGCAGAUGAGCCUUCGUCACCGCCAAGGGGAGAGGCCUUUGACCUUGCUUUUACUGAUAUUGUCAAAGAAAAGAGCGGGCAAGAUGCACACAAAGUGCUCAGGGCUGUGCAAAGAGCAGAGCCAAUACAGUCCCAGCCUCAAUACUGUUUCUUCAAGAAGGACUACAGAGUCCUCCCGAGCUCGCCUGUCCCGAGUUUCCCUCGAGGCUCACCAUGGAACUUGUUAACCCAGGGCAAUCAAGCGGCCAGAGAACGAAACCUUACCUCUGGGAUUCCUCAAAACAUCUUGGCGAAGAAAGGAGGCUUGCCAGAUUCUUUAUUCGAGUGGAUCUUGGAUGAGCUAUGCAUUCAGAGGUCUUCCCUUAUAAGACGUGAAUACUGUAUCAUCAUCAGCAGUUGUCACGAUCAAGUGGAUAGGAUCUUGACUCCUGAGCGAUUGGAGGAUCUUUUUCUUCGACUUGGUGCUACCGACGACAUCAAAACUCGGGAUUCUGAGAUUGCCGUCUCAAAACCAAACCAAGAGCCAUAUCAGGAUCGUGACUGGUCAUGUCUGGAAUCAUUCUUAGUUCUUUUAUCUGAGGUCUCCGACCAUUUGUCAACAGAAUCUGCCAUCUAUGCAUCCCAGAUUCUGCUCCGAAUAUCCAUGGAUAAGCUUUUGAUCUACAACAUCGACCUAUUGGCGGCAUACGAAGAGGCAAUUGAAAGGCUAACUAAUGCGAUCCCACGCUCAUUAUGGGAUUCGUUUUGUGUUGACGCAUGCUCAAUUUUGCACGCCACAGUCAAGAUUCAGCAUAUUAGGGCGAAUGCUUUGCAAUGCCUGACUAUCCGCAGUGUCAGGACACAUGAAGUCCGGAGAAGACUUGCAAUUUCAUUCCUAUUUGACGACCCCAGCCUAGCUCGCCAGGUUCCUGAAACAGUUUUUACAGUCAGAAGCGUCAUUGAUCGUCUGGGCGAGGAGGAUUUCAAUAUUACCUCGCAAACCGACUUUGCGGAGCUCAAAGCCAUGAUGAUUAUUCUCGAUAUCGCGGUUGAUGAUGGAUCGCCACCUGAGUCGAAUAACCCAGAAGAUAUCCAGAGGUUCAACCAAGAUGUCGACGAGCUCGCCACAAAGCUCAGAGAAAUUUGGCGCAAGAUCAAUGAUUCGGGCAUGAAGAUUACGCGUACCGAAGCGAAAAGCGUUGUCGAAUGGGUCCAGCAACGCCUCUCUAACACCGUUCGGACGCGUAAAAAGGUAAAGCAGAGCAUUUUUGAUAUUCCGGGCCAGGAGGACCUCGCAUCUCUGCCCAAGCAGCAGGAGUACAUGGCCAAGUUUUUCAAAAAGAUACCCAAGCCACAAGCAGAGAGCGAUUAA